AAAAAAAACUAAACUUCACAAUUUCCCUUUUAUAUUAAAACGUCAAAAAAAAAAAAAAUCAAUCAACAAACAAACAUAGUUAGGGUUUUACAGACUAAAUUAAAAUUCCGCCGUCGAGUGUGAAAUUCCUCCAUUGUUAGGGUUUAUCAAGCUUCCAUAACAAUGACUGUCAAGAGGAGAAAUGGAGGUCGCAACAAACAUGGUCGUGGUCAUGUCAAUUUCAUUCGUUGCUCCAAUUGCGGAAAAUGUUGUCCUAAGGACAAGGCUAUCAAGAGGUUUCUUGUGAGGAACAUUGUGGAGCAAGCUGCAGUUAGGGAUGUUCAGGAAGCCUGUGUUUAUGACGGUUACGUACUUCCUAAGCUCUACACCAAGAUGCAAUAUUGUGUCUCCUGUGCCAUCCACUCACAUGUUGUUAGGGUUCGCUCAACUGAGAAUAGAAGGGUUCGUGAGCCACCACAACGUUUCAAGCGUCGGGAGGACUCAAAGACUGGUCAAGCGCCUCGCCCUGGUGCUACCGGUGGUGCACCCCCUGCUAGAACAUGAGCAGUUUUAAGUUCUUAUAGGUGAACAGCUGCCUCUAGCAAAUUUAUAUUCUAAUCUAAGUUAUGAAGCUUGUUAAACUCCUUCAUGCUAUUAGUUUGAACCAUGCUAUGGGCUAAUAUUUUUUUUUUUUAGGAGUAGUCGGUUUUUCUAUUAAUUUUGGCUCUAUACCAAAUUUUGUGUUUUAGAAGCGCUAUAUACAUAAUACAUUCAUUUUUUUCU